CCCUCAAUGUAAUUAACUUUUAACAAAAAAACCCAAAAAAAAAAAAAAAAAUGAAGUUUCUUUCUCUUCUCAAGAACACAGAUGUAAGAUCCUCUUCUUCUUCUUCUUCAUCAUCAUCAUCAUGGGCUUGGCCACCUUGUCGCCAACCGAAAACCCUUUCUUUCAGAGCCAAAAACGGCGUUGUUUUCAAAACCAUUAACUCAGCCUUCUUAGACGCCACCAUGGAAAGCCCUGAAUCGUUUUUCACCGAAGAGUGUGGAAGCUUCUCAACGUUUUCUGAGGACUCGAGAGGCGUGGAUUCAAUCGAGACAUUGAUUCGUGGGUUGCGUUCAGAUCGACUUUUCUUCGAGCCAGAUGAGACAAGAACCUUGUUUGAAGCAAAAGCUUCUUCUGGAACCUCGCCAUUCAAAGAUAGCGUGGUGAUGUCAAUGGAUUCACAUGACCCUUACGUGGAUUUCAGAAAGUCCAUGGAGGAGAUUGUUGAGACUCAUGGCUUCAAGGACUGGGAGAGUCUCGAGGACCUUUUGUUUUGGUAUUUGAAGGCCAAUGAUAAAAACAAUCAUGGUUUUAUUGUUAAUGCUUUUGUUGAUUUAUUGGUUGAUCUUGCAUUUACUAAUUCUUGUUCAUCUUCUUCUUCUUCUCCUUUAAUGGAGCUAGCAAAGAAUUCGAAGGGUUAAGAU